AUGCCACAUUUAUCCACAAAGCAGCAAACAACGAAUUUCAAUACAGAUUCUCAGUUACCAGUAGCUGAUACGUAUGCUAAUGCAAUACUUCGUACAUUAUCCUCUCUUAAACCGCCAUCACCGCCAGUUCCGUUAUAUUCCUGUCGACAACAUCGUCGUUCUUAUCCUCACUCAAAAACGGUGUUACAAUCAGUCGUCAUAAAUGAGUUAGUGAACGGCUCUUCGGAUAACCAACAAUCACUAGCAGAUCCCUCCUCAUUAACUUCAUCAUCAUCAUCAUUAUUCAGUUCAUCAUCGUAUUCAUCCAAUAACAACAAUACUAGUGGGAAUUGCUUUACACUUGAAGCAAAUUUACCAAUAGUCAAAAAUAAUAUUGAACAAGUCGAAAAAUUCAAGCGAUUACUUUCUCGAUUGGAUCACGUUUAUAACAAUAAUAAUAAUAAUAAUAACAAUAAUAAUAAUCAAAAUAUGUCAACAACAGCCUUGCCACCACCAAUAUCAUCGUCAAAGUCACAUAUAACUGAUCGUUAUUUAUUUCGUUCACUUUCAAAUGAUAAUCAAAAUUCACGAAUACCAACAGCAACAAGAAAAAAUAAAUUAUCAAAUAAUCCAACAUCAGAAACACCACCAGCAUUACGAAAACGUUAUAAAUUUUCUGCAGCUGCAACAGAUCAAAAUAAUAAUGAUGUUUAUAAAUUUCCUAAUGGACAAAAUGAACAACGAUCACAUUCAACUGAUUCUGAAAGAUAUUAUUUUCCACCGGAUGAUUCAAUUAAAAAGCCACAGCAAACAUUAACAUUUGUUCGAUCCGGUUCAGGAUUAGAACAACGUGCUGUUACAUUUAUUGAUGGAGCAUCAGCAACAAAUGAGAAAAUUUCUACAUCAACAACAAAGUCAAUACAACCAACGAGUAACGUACCUGAUACGCGUUAUCUAUUCUCAAAGACAACAGAUUCCCAACGGCAACCAAGUGCAACGUCAUCCGUUAACCCAGAAGAUACAUGGAUACAUCAACGUCAACAACCCCAUAUUAUAUUUGAUAGUGUUACUGAUUCAUCUCCAAGUUCACAAUUAAAACGUCCACGUACAUCAAGUAGAAGUCCUGAAUAUCGUCAUCUACCAAAACAUUCACCAACACGUAUGGAUACUGUCACAUCAACAAAUGGUUCAUUAUCGACAUUAAGACGAUCACCACCAAAUAAAAUGCAAAAUGUUCGAUUUGAUUCAUCAUCAACACCACGUUCAUAUUUAAAUGAAGCACGUGAACGUUUAGCUGGAAAGAAACGUGGACGAUCACCACAAGCAUUUCAACAAUCUGUUGAACGUCUUGUUUCAUCAACCAAUGAAAAAUAUCGUCAACAACAACUUCUUUCACCACCCAUAUCAUUUCAACAUCCACAACAACAUCAUUAUAUUAGUCAGUAUUAUGCACAAGAAGAAGAACCACCUAUUGAUUAUACAAUGGAUAGUGAUGAUGAAGAUCAACAAAAACGUUCAUUUAUUUAUAAUCGUGGUGGUUUAAAUACAAAUCGUGCACAUACACAAAUAAUGAAAACAGUUAAUAAAAGUUUAAUUGAUCGUACUUAUUUAUCAGAUUCAAAUCGUUUAAAACAAUUAGAACAAAAUGCACAUCGUUAUUUACGUUUUAUUGAAAAUCAAUCAUUACAACGUGAAUUAAAUCAUGAUUUAAUACGUUGUUUUUCAUCAACAUAUCUAGAUGAUUUAAGACGUGAAGAAAAUCGACAUUUUCAAACACGUAUCAAUAUGCGUUCAUAUACAUAUGAAGAUAUACAAGAUAUUCAUAUGUCACAAGUUUUAGAAGCAUAUAAAAUGAAACGAGCUAUUGAUAAAGAAAAACGUCUUCGACUAAAUACAAGUUAUGAUGGACAUAUAACAUCAUCAACACCAACAUCAUCAAUUGGUGCUGGACAUUUAUCACCACUAUUAUCAUCGUAUAGUCCAGUUAUGACUGGAAGUUUAAAUGAAAAUAUUGAUGUACAAUCAGGUGGUUUUGAACCUGAUCGUCGUUCACUAAAAUCACAUGCAUCGACUUCCCAUACUCCAACAACUCUUCGUACAAGUUAUGUUGCACAAGGUCCAAGUCUUGAUUUAUUCUAUGAAAUUAUGCAAGAUAGUUUUCGUGGUGUUGAUGCAUCAAUUGCUGGUCAUGUAUCCAAUGCAUCACAAUAUACGAAACAAAAAGCUCAUCAUCCAACAACAACGAUAUCACAAAUAAAAUCUCCUGUUGAUAAUGAUAGUGAUGUUGAUAUUAAAUCAAAUUCAUCAUUUUGGUCCGAUGAAGAAGAAGAACCAAUAUUUGAUGAUAAACAACAAAAAACUAUUCCACAUCAAAAACAAUUAUCACGUUUUUUAUCAACAGUUAAUCGUUCAUUACUUGAUCGUCCAAGUAAUCUUAUUGCUGAUUUUUAUAUUUCAAAUUUAAAUCGUAGUAUGCAAGAAAGUGUACGACAAGUUGAAACAAUUGCUCGUGAUAAAGCACUUAUGAGACAAGAUCGUAAUAGAGAAUUUAUUGAGGAAACAAGUAAUAGAUUAGGUCGUAGUUUAUCUGCUGAACAUCUAUAUCAAGUACGAAAAGAACAUCUACGUUAUAAACAACCAUUUACAACACCAACAUCAUUUACAGUUGAAGAUGUUGCAGAUAUUUAUAAACCAUUUGUUUUGGAAAAUUAUAAACGUAAAAUUGCUAUUGAAUUAGAAAGACGUCGAAGAGAAAGACAAGGACAAUUAAUGGCUGGUAUUACUACUUCACCAAUGUUUACAUCUGACGCAGAUAUGAGUAAUGUAUUAAAAUCUGUUCAACCACCGAUUAUUGAAUUACCAAUAAAUGCAAUAGUUGAUCGUCAACGCCGUCCAAUAGAUUUAACACGUUCACCUAUUCUUCGUACAAAUGAAUCAGGUACUCAAUCGUUUGAUGAUGAUCAACGUAAUGAUUAUAUUGUUGUACGACCACCAGUCGUACAAACAAGCAAUGUUGUCAUGGGUCGUGCACGUCGAACAUUAACUGAUGAUGGUAAUGCUGAUGUUGUUCAUCAUAUUGGUAUUAUUGCUCCACCAACAACUUUUUCAAUUAUUAAACAACCUACAACACAAUUACGAGCAACUACUACAACAAGUACAACAGAUCAUUAUGAACUUCCACGUAUAAUUACUGUCUCACCUCCAAAUUUCUCCAAUCGAACUCAAACUCGUAUUCAUCAAGAACAUAUUCAAAGUACUGUUAUUCAACCAUAUACAGAUGAUCUUAUUGAUGGUGCAUUAACUUCCUCACAACAAGUACUUCAUAAAGAUGAAAAUUAUGAUCCAAGUAUACGAAGAUCAGUUCAGAUCAUAACAUCGAUUGAAUCUCCAAUUGUAUCACCUCGUCGUCCUCCAGCUAAAAUCUAUACUCCAUCACCACCACGUGAAAUAAUUCGAAUAUGUCAAGCUGAUCGUGUUGAAACUGAAUCUGGAAAUUAUGAUUUAUCUAUGGUUAAUAUAAAACCUAUAUUGACAUUAAAUCAAGGUGAAGUUAAAGAAUUAAAUCUAUUAGCACAACAAGCUCAACGUCUACAAAUUCUUCCACAAGAUUAUGAUCAUGCUAUGAUUAUGAUAACACCUGAACAAACACAAUAUCAACAUAACAUUGAACAAAAACCACUUUUAUUAGCUGCUGCAAAUAUUGGUCAAUUACGUGAUGAACAACAUGAACAAGUCACACGUCAUUUUGAAGAGGAAAUACAACGUCAACAUACACAAUUAAUAACUCCUAUUCCUGAACAUAUGGCAAAAGUUGAACAGGAUAUUCCUGUAUUUGAAAAUAUUUCAACAACAAAUAUACCUCAACCAUCACGAAAUCGAUUAAAUGAAGUUCCAUAUGAUAGUGGAAUUGUUUCAUUGGAUACAUCACAAGCUAGUGAACAACCUGUUAUAUUAAAUGCAUCACGUAUUAAUCGAUUAGAUGCAUCCGAAGAACAACGUUUAGAAAGUUUACAUGAAGAUGAUUAUCAUCGAAGACGUGUACGUGCAUUAGAUCUUUUACGUCAAGUUGAAACAGAUCCUUAUUCAAAUCUUCCACCUGUUCAUGAUAAUCAAAUUCAAAUACUUGAACAUACAACACAAAUUCCAUCAUCAAAUUUAACAAAAGAACAUACACGACUUACUACAAGUCAUAGAAUAGAUCAACUUCAAUCAUUAGAACAUACAGAUGAACCAGUUAUUUAUGAAACAAUCGAUCAAGAUCAUAUCGAAAAGAUUCCUACAAAACAAUAUUUAACUAGUUCAGAUGUUAGACAAGAUAUUCAAACAACUAAUCGAGCUGAACAAAAUUAUAUAAAAUGGGGAGAAAUUUCUCCUAUUAAACAACAUCAAUCAAUACAAAGUCAUAUAACUGACACUAUAUAUGAACAAACGAAACCUUUUAUUCCACUUCGACAUGAUCAACGAGAAACUGUUCGAUCUACAGAAGAAAUUGCUCAACAAUUAGAAACACCUAAACAUCCUGAUUCAAGUACAAUUUAUAAUUAUGGGCAAAAGAAUGAACUUCCUAUAUCUCAAACAUCAUCAUUUACUUCAGAUCAAGAUUUAAAACCACAAACAUUUGAUUCAGCUCGUAUUGAAUAUGAUCGUCAUAGUUUAUUGUCUCUUGAUGAUAUUACACAACCAGUAUCUCAUCAUCCACCAGCACUAUUACAACAUGAUCAAUUACAUAUAACUACAGAUAUUGAUGUAGAACCUAUGGGUUUACAUGAAGAAAUAGCACUUGAAAAUGAAGUUACAUAUGAUGGUUCACUUGGACGUGCAUCAUUGAAUAAACCAAUUCGACCAUUGAAUGCUCCAAGAAUGCUUGCUCAGACAAAUAUACCGGCUUUGCUGCUCGAAGAGCUGGCUACUGCUACUACUGCUGUACAUGAACAGCAUGCUACUCAAGUAACAGAUACAGAUUACGAUCAAAGAACACUUGAAAGAAUUGAACAAGCUAAUCAUAUACCGAUUAUUGUUUACGAUACCGAUUGGAUAGAUGAACAACUUGAAUCUCUUCCAAAUGAAAUUCAACCGAAUAAACAAACUGCUCAACAACAAUAUCUAUCAAAUACUGAAUAUGAACAAGCUAAAGUCAAUACACCAAAAGUAAUUUUAGCUCGCGAACGUUAUGAACGUAUGGAAAAUAAUAAUCAAGAAAUAUUGGAACAUAUGGAAACAAAUUCUCAUCAACAUGAUAAUACUUACGAAAGAAUUGAUUCGUAUAUUGAACUACAAUCAGUUCAUAAUAAUGCGAAUGAAUCAUAUGAAGAUUCAUUUAUAAGUGAACGAUCAAUAGAUAAUCAAGACAUUUUAUGUCGUCCUAUUGAUACUAAUCUAGAAAUGAAUGAUGAACAUGCAUCAUCAUUAUCAGAUGAUUCUUUUUUACUACGUCAUCAACAAACAACAAAUCUGAAUUUUAAUGAAAUAGAUAAUUUAGAGAAUCCUCGUUCUUCUACCGCUUUUCUAACACUAAACUAUCCUCAUACUAAUCAAGAGAUAAAUCCACCAUGGCAACGCGCCUUUGAUCAACAAUAUUCUGAUGAAUAUCAUCCCGAACAACAAAAUCUUGAACUUCAAACUGAACAAACACCACUUCGAUAUUUACCAUCCAUAUUACCUGCAGUUGAUGAACAGUCACUGAAAGAAUCCGAUAAUUAUGUUACUGAAUUUCAUCAACCUAGUCUAUCACAUGAAUAUGUAGAUAUUCAAAGUUCAGAUAGAAUUCAACUUCUACCUACCACACAAAUCAAUCAAUCAAGACCAGUCUGUCGUGUAUUACAACAACAAAUAUCAUCAAGUGAUGAACAUGAUUAUUCAACAAUAUCAUCAAUUCAUCCUGAUCAUAUUGAUCGAAUAGAUACAACUCAAGCAAAUCCACAAUUAAUCGAAUCAAUACAUAUUCAAUCACCACCGCCGACUGUAGUCGAUAUUGAAGUUCGUAUUCGACCAAUACAUUCAGAAACAUCAUCACUUGUUGAUAUGGAUUCAUAUUUAAAUCGUCUAGAAGAUAGUUUUGAACCUGAACAACAUUUACCAUUAAUUGAUCAAAUCUCUUUAUCAUAUACGACAUCACUACGAUCGAAUCAUGAUAGUACACAACGUGCUAUCGAACGUUAUGAACAAGAACAUUCAUAUUUUAGUCGUGCAUUACCAACCGAAUGGUUUACAUCGUCAAUGUUCCCACAUGAUGAACAAUUAGUUGAACAAUGGACAGUUGAAAGAAAUCUUGAAACUAUACAACGACAGGUAGAGUUAAAAACUAACACUGAGUGUGUAGAUAUUGUUGUUUCUGCUCUUGCUACUGAUGCUUAUUCUAUUGGUGAGAGGUUCGAAGAAGAAAAAUCGAAUAGUCUAAAUACAAAUAGUGAACAACAAAUGAAUCAAAUUGUAUCAGCUGUUAUCACUAGUCAUUGUUCACCUACAAGUGACUAUGAAACUGAUUCACUUGAUAAAGAUAAUGAUACAACUUCGACUACAACAAGUGUUGAUGGUGGUGGUCUUAUUGUUUGUGCAACACCAAUACAAACUACAUUAACAAUACAAUCAUCAAAUACAAUACCUGAUGAUAAUUAUUUAUUCGAAACAAUAGUUAAUGAACAAAAAGAUAAAAAUGAUUUUUUAUUAACAAUUAAUUAUGAUCACAAUGAACAAAAUAUUCAUUGUGCGAAAGAAAAUAUAAUUGAACUCGAAGACAAUAUAUCAUUAUUUAAUUUUGAUGAACAUCAACGUGAAUUAUUAAAUAUUUUUUUUGAACCAGCAUUUUUUCAUUUACCAUUAAUUAAUGAAAUAUCGAUCUAUCAAAUAAGUUUUCAUAAUGAAUAUCCCAUUUUUUCUUCACCGUCAAAUCUUCCUCUACCAAUUGUUCAUAAUGAUGAUAAUAUUUCAUCAAAUGAAUAUAAAACAAAUGAACACGAAAUAUUUUCCAUUGCACAAAUCAAUAAUCAAUCAGAUAAUGAAGAAGAUCUCGAAAGUCUAUCACAUAAAUAUGAACAACCAUCCUACAUCGAACAUUAUCAUAUUCAAUCAUUAUAUCCAUUUUCCGAAACACUUUUUGUUCAUAUUGAUGAACCACCAAAUGUCAUUGAUCAUGAAGAUGAACAAUCAAUAUCAAGUAUUUUACCAGAUGUUAUUCUAUCAACAACAAUACAAAUUGAGGAAUAUAUUCAACAUGAAGUAAAUGAAGUAACAAUUUUACCAACAAAUCCAUCUAUUGAACCAAUACCAUUAAAUUCAUCAUUUGAUCGAACUGAAAAAGCUCGACAAAGCAAAGAAAGUUAUAAUUUAGAACGUUUACCUGAACAGAAAUAUGUUGAAAUUAAUAUAGCCACGCCUACACCAUCAAUGCGUAAAGGUAAGAAAAACUUUUCAUAG